AUUGAGCAGUACGCCCAGAGACGACAUCGAUUCGCAGGGCUAAUUAAGGAAACGUCAAGCCAAAGAAAGGAAAUAAAGGCAGCACGUCGACAAUGCUGCUGUCACGUAAACAUUUAAUUGCCCUCGUUGUGGUGACAACAUUAGCCUGUCAGCUCUGUACGACAGUGGGUCAGGAUUCCUCUUUUCUGGCCACGAUCACCAGUUCGAAUAAUCAACAGCAAUCGGCCAAUGGAACACGCUCAAAUGAGACCAUUAUGAUCAGUAUUAGUGAGAUUAUAGCAGCUGCUGAGGCAGAAGCCACCAACACCACUGAUUCCUCAAGCAGCACCACCAUCGAGAUAUCAACUACACCCACAACGGCAACCUCAUCCACAUCCACCGAAGUUACAACAACAGAAACUACAACUGCACAGCCUACAAUUAGUUCAUCCACUGAAUCAUCUACUAGCACUAGCCAGGAAACUUCAACAGCAAGCACAUCAUCUUCAACAACAACACAAGAAACUUCUACAACAACCACACAAGCGUCCACUACAACAACACAAUCCACAUCAACCACUGAUCAAGUGUCAACAACAACACCACAAACCACUACAGUUGCCUCUGACAGUUCAAGCAGUUCCGAAACAUCAAGCACAACACCACAAUCUACUACUGUAGCUACUCAGACUUCUACAACAACAACACAAUCGACCACAACACUGGCACCAACUUCAACCUCCACACCUGCAGUCACAACAAUUGCCACAUCAACAACCACAUUGUCCACAAGUACAACUACACCGACUUCAACCACCACGUCGUCUACAAGUACAGAUACACCUACAACCACAACUUCAUUGUCCACAAGCACAGCUACACAAACUUCAACCACAACGCCUAUAAUCACAACAGUUGCAACACAAACUUCCACAACAACUCCUGUUAUCACAACAGUUCCCACACAAACUUCCACAACAGCAACACCGAUAAUCACCACAUUACCAACACAGACUUCAACGACAACAGAGACCACAACACAACCCAUUACAACAACUACAACAGAAUCAACAACAACAUCGAGCACUACACCACUAGCAUACACAGUUUACACAAUGGAACCCUAUCCGAAUAUUUAUAGCCGAUCGAACACGAUUGGUGGAUCACAGCGUAGGAUACGCAAGGGUCGUAAGGGACGCAGGGGAAGGAAAUAUCGCCGUAGGACCACCUUUGCCCCAACGGUGGCAAGCACUACGACCACAACUACGACAGCCAGGACAACGACGACGUCCACAGGUGGUGAUGAUUUUAGCGAUGAUUACGAAGAACUUGUCCUUAACCCAAAUAAUGUUCUGGAACCCCAGUUGGGGUUACCCCUCGAGCUAGGAAACUUUGCCAAUAACAGGAUCCCCAAGUAGCUGAAAGUAUUCAGCAAAAAGUAGACUGAGCCAUAUACCCUGCUCCACAUCUCAUUAGUUAAGCUCGCAUUAUAUAUGAUAAUUA